AGGUACCGGCUACAUCAACGCUUCUUUUACCAAACGAUCGUUUGUUGAAUACGCUAAUCAUGGUUGUCAAGAAAGUUGGAAUCUUAGGUGCUACAGGUACUGUCGGUCAAAGAUUCAUCACUCUUUUGGAUGAACAUCCAGAGUUUGAAAUUGCCGUUCUUGGUGCCUCUGCUCGCUCCAGUGGCAAGAAGUAUGAGGAUGCUGCUCGUUGGAAGCAAUCAAAGGCUAUGCCUGAGAAGGUUGCUAAGAUGAUUGUCAGCGAGUGUGAUCCCAAGCUUUUCAGCGAGUGUUCUAUCGUUUUCAGUGGCUUGGAUGCUGAAUUUGCUGGUGAGAUUGAGAAAAACUUCCGUGCCGCCAACAUUCCCGUUCUCUCCAACGCUAAGAACUACCGUCGUGACCCCGUUGUUCCUUUGAUUGUUCCCACAGUCAACACCGAGCACUUCGACGUUGUCAAGAAGCAACAGGAGCAACUCGGCCUGCAACGUGGAUUCAUUGUUACCAACUCUAACUGUUCCACUGCCGGUGUCGUUGUUCCCCUCAAGGCUAUGCAAGAUGCUUUUGGCCCCAUUGAGAAGGUCACCGUUACUACCAUGCAAGCCAUUUCUGGUGCUGGAUACCCCGGUGUUUCCAGUCUCGAUAUCCUCGACAAUGUCGUUCCUUUCAUUGGUGGCGAGGAGGAAAAGAUCGAGUGGGAGGUCCGUAAGAUUUUGGGCUCUACUAACGAAGAUCUCUCCGGUUUCAAGUUGACUGAUACCGUCGUUUCUGCUCAAUGCAACCGUGUUCCCGUCUUGGAUGGUCACACUUCUUGCGUAGCUGUGAAGUUCGCCGGUAAGGCUCCUUCCGUCGAGGAAAUCAAAAAGGCCUUGGUCAACUACCGUUGUGAGGCCAACAAGCUUGGCUGCUUCAGUGCUCCCAAGCAGCCCAUUCACGUUUUCGAUGAAAAGAACCCUGACCGUCCUCAACCUCGUUUGGACCGUGAGGCCGAGCGUGGUUACGCUGUUUCUGUUGGACGUAUUCGCCCGGACUCCAUCUUUGAUAUCAAGUUUGUUUCUCUCGUUCACAACACCGUUUUGGGCGCUGCUGGCGCUGGUAUCUUGAACGCCGAGGUUGCUGUUAAGAAGGGUCUCAUCUAAUGCAUCCCGGUAAAUCCUUCUUGUCACGAUACCUCAUUAGCGGAUGAAGUGACAGUCUCUUUUUAAAAUAUAUAUUUUUUGGGAGUUUCUAGAGAAUAAAUUAAUAAUUGAAAGCUGUCCUAGGCUUGUGCACAUUGCAACCAGUAUGGGAAGUCUUGUUGGGCGGUAUGAAUAGGGAUAGUAUUGGCGCUAUUUAGUAUUAUUAUCUGCUUAUGGGAGAACGUAUUGAGUUAAUAGUGCAUUUAUGGAUUAACCUG